CUGUAUUCGCCGAGGAGGCGAGCUGUCUAGAAUCGGCCUUUAUAGUCGUUCAAAUCCAAAAAAUAACGAGUUUUUUGGCCAUGCAAUGGCCUCUGGUGAAUCAAGAGAGUUUGAAAAUACUUUUGGCGAUUAUGAUGGAUCUAGCAAGCUUUUAAAAGACAAUGGAGAGCUUCAGGAACCGUUUUACUCCAAACUCAAGGRAGAAACACUUCGACUAUUGACAAGAUUUGAGGAAGGUUUUGAAGAAGAGCGSGAUGACCAUAACUACUCUGUUUAUACAGGAACUGGAGGGGUUGCAUUUUUGUUUAUGCAUUUAGCUAACACAUUAUUCAAGGAUGAUCCCCCAAAGCAAGAAGAAUAUCUGAAUAAGGCUUUAGAAAUACUGGAAUUUGGUGCACACAACCUCACAGGCAGGAGAAGUACUUUUCUCUGUGGAGAUCCWGGUAUUCUUGCCCAGCUAGCAGUUAUUUACCACAAAUUAAACCAACCUAAAAAAGUCACCAAGUAUUUGAAUAGACUUGAAAUCAUGUCUGAGAAAGUAUGCAGAGAGCAAACAAUACCAGAUGAAGUGUUAUAUGGAAGAGCCGGCUACCUCUAUACAUCUGGUCAAAGACUAGCUAGACAAGAAAGACAAGCUUCACCACUCAUGUACAUGUGGCAUGGAAAGCAUUAUGUUGGYGCAGCACAUGGUAUUGUAGGAAUUCUGUAUAUGCUGUUACAGGCAAGGUCAUGUCAAGCUGUCCAAUCAAGCCUUGCAGACAUUGAAAGAAGCAUUGAGUUUUUGUUAACACAGCAAUUUUCUUCUGGUAACUUUCAUUCRUCUCUUGAAAACCAGUCAGAUAAACUUAUCCAUUGGUGUCAUGGGGCACCAGGGGCAGUUCACCUCAUGCUUAAAGCACACAAGGUUUUUGGUAAAGACAAAUAUCUAACAGCUGGUCUUAAGUGUGGUGAGGUGAUUUGGAAACGUGGUCUUUUAAGGAAAGGCUAUGGGAUAUGUCAUGGUGUKUCMGGCAAUGCWUAUGCCUUCCUUGGUCUUUACAAAUCAACCAACUCUGAUAAGUACAUUUAUCGCAGCCAAAAGUUUGCAGAGUGGUGUUUUGACUGUGGUAAACAUGGCUGUCGGAUACCAGACACACCUUACUCAUUGUUUGAAGGUAUGGCAGGAACUUUGUACUUCCUGGCCGACCUCCUUGUUCCUGGAGCUUCUCUUUUUCCAGCCUUUGAGUUUUAUGAGUGAAAAUAAAGAUGACAAGUAGAAACAUCAAGAAAACUAGUUUAGAAAUUAUUCAAGUCAAACUUACAAAAAAAUGUCAAAUUAAAGAGCUAUUAACGGAGCAAUUUGUCACAAACUUGGCACAAAAUGUCACUUUUAAAGUUGUUAAUAUAAAGUAAUAAAUUAUUACAUAAUAUUAGUA